CUCGCACGCCCUCGGUGUCCCCACUCGCCCACUCGCUCGAAGCUAAAGCUCGAGCUCUCUCUGCCUCUCUGCGCCCACAAUGCCCUCACGCGCCAUGGCGGCGCUUCUCCAUCUCCUGCCAGCCUUGCUCCUCCUGCUCCCGUCCACCCCAGAGGCCACGUCCUCGGCGCUGCUGGGCAUCAGCUACGGCCGCGUUGGCAACAACCUCCCGCCUGCCACCUCCGUACCGCGGAUCCUCGUCUCCCUCGGCGUCGGCCGCGUCCGCCUCUACGACGCCGACCCCGCCACCAUCCGCGCCUUCGCCAACACGGGCGUCGAGCUCGUCGUCGGCGUCCCGGACGAGUGCCUCUCGGCGGUGUCCACCCCCGCCGGCGCCGCCUCCUGGGUUCGCUCCAACAUUGCCCCCGCGCUCCCGGCCACCAAGAUCGCCUUCCUCACCGUCGGCAACGAGGUGCUCACCGGCGCCAACAGCUCCUUGCUGUCCAGGUACCUCCUCCCGGCGAUGCAGUGCCUCCACGACGCACUCGCGCAGGCCGGCCUUGACAAGCAGAUCGCCGUCACCACCGCACACAACCUCGGCGUGCUGGCGACGUCGUACCCGCCCUCCUUGGCCUACUUCCGCAAGGACCUCCUCCCGGUGCUCUGCCCCAUCCUCGACUUCCACGCGCGCGCCGGCUCGCCGUUCCUCGUAAAUGCGUACCCGUACUUCGCUUACGCCGAGGAGCCCACCGGCGUGGAGCUCGAGUACGCGCUGCUGGAGCUCGGCCACGCCGGCGUCGCCGACCCGGGCUCCGGGCUGCACUACACCAACAUGCUCGCCGCGCAGGUGGACGCCGUGUACCACGCUAUCGGGGCGGCCAACAGCGCGGCGGCGCGGGCCGUGGAGGUGCGCGUGUCCGAGACCGGGUGGCCGUCGGCGGGCGACGCCAACGAGACCGGCGCCACGCCGCAGAACGCCGCGAGGUACAACGGCAACGUGAUGCGGCUCGUCGCCCAGGGGAAGGGCACGCCGCUGCGGCCGUCGGUGCCGCUGCGCGUCUACAUGUUCGCGCUCUUCAACGAGAACUUGAAGCCCGGGCCGACCUCCGAGCGCAACUACGGGCUCUUCAAGCCCGACGGCACGCCGGCGUACGAGCUCUCCUACCGCCUGCCGCAGGACAACACCACCACCUCCUCCUCCGGCGGCGGCGUUGCCGGCGGCGGAGUGUACAAUGGCCACGGCUACGGAUCGGAGAACGGUGGAUACUACAGCAUCUCGACCGCCGGCAAGGCAACAAUGGGUUGGUGGAGAUGGAGACAGGCAGCUGUGGCAGCAUGUGUAGCUGUCCUGGUGAUGCAAUUGUGGCUGUGAGCAGAUCACACGAUGUGCUUGGAUGGAUGGAAGCCUCUGGUUUCUAAUGGAGUCUGAGGCUGGUAGGGCCAUAGUGGUGAAGAGCUGCUGCUGCUGUAGGCAAUGGCAUUGGUCAUGGUGAUGUACUGAACCUCAAUUUCUUUUUCUUGUUCCUCACUCCCAUGUUGUUGUAAUUGAGGUGCCCUUGUAGUUGGCGGUAAGCUAAUGCGUUUGGCCGGUGUCAUUAAACUACUCGAUCUUUUAUUAUAUGUUAUUUUGAGAUUCAGAAUU